AGUGAGGGCCGGCGUGCGCCGGCUGAGGUGGUAUCCCCACCGGCCCGUCUCGCCCGCUCUGUCGGGGAGGUGGAGCGUGAGCGCGUGCGAUAGGACCCGAAAGAUGGUGAACUAUGCCUGGGCAGGGCGAAGCCAGAGGAAACUCUGGUGCAAAUCGGUCGUCCGACCUGGGUAUAGGGGUGAAAGACUAAUCGAACCAUCUAGUAGCUGGUUCCCUCCGAAGUUUCCCUCAGGAUAGCUGGCGCUAGAAGUCUCGCAGUUUUAUCUGGUAAAGCGAAUGAUUAGAGGUCUUGGGGCCGAAACGAUCUCAACCUAUUCUCAAACUUUAAAUGGUCCUAGAGCCAUGCCUUCUAAAGGGAUUGUUCUGGUCUUCAGUAUGCUCUGGUGCUUGUCAGCAGCAUCCCGGCUCACAGGUGAAACAGAGACUGAUGUGGAUGAGGGACACGGACACGACUGGGACAUCUUUGACAUCAAUAAAGAGGCAGGAUUGGACCUGGUGGAUGGUGAUAUCGUGAUAGAUGAGACUGACAGCAGAAACACCAUCCUAGGGGAGCAGUAUCGCUGGCCUCAGACAGUACCCUACUACCUGGAGGACAGCCUGGACAUAAAUGCUAAGGGGGUGAUUCUGAAGGCCUUUGAGCAGUACAGACUGAAGACCUGCAUCAACUUCGUCCCAUGGAAGGGAGAGGAGAACUAUAUAGCUGUGUUCAAAGGCACCGGGUGCUACUCCUCAGUAGGUAACAGGCAGGUGGGGAAGCAGAGGUUGUCUAUUGGUCGUAACUGUGACCGUCUGGCAACGGUUGAGCAUGAGUUUCUGCAUGCUCUGGGUUUCUGGCACGAGCAGUCCAGAGCCGACCGCGAUGACUAUGUCAACAUCAUGUGGGACCGCAUCGAAGAAGGAAAAUACCAUAACUUCCUGAUCCAUGGCGAGUCAGUGUCGAGUGCUCUGAACGUGCCCUAUGACUACGGCUCUGUGAUGCACUAUAGUAAAACAGCCUUCAACAUUGGGUCAGAGCCCUCCAUCAUUACUAAGAUACCGAGCUUCAUGGAUGUGAUUGGUCAACGCAUGGAGUUCAGCAACACUGACCUGCUGAAACUCAACAGGCUCUACAACUGCACAACUUCCUCAACAUUCCUGGACUCGUGCAGCUUUGAGAAGGAGAAUAUCUGUGGGAUGAUCCAGGGUCCUGGUGGGAAGGCUCAGUGGGAACACAGACACAGUGUGGCUGGGGGACCCAACACCGACUACACCAACAUGGGCCAGUGUGAGGGAAAAGGCUAUUUCAUGCACUUCAGCACGGUUAAGGGUAACCAUGGUGACCAGGCCCACCUGGAGAGUCGUCUCUUCUACCCAAUGCGAGGUUCCCAGUGCUUGCAGUUCUACCUCCACAACAGCGGGGGUGCCGAUGAUCAACUGAACGUGUGGGUACGGGAGCAUGACGACGCCAACCCCAAAGGAAAACUGAGGCUCAUCCAGAAAAUCGAUAUCACAGGUGGCGUCAGAGACUCUUGGGAGCUGUACCAUGUAACCCUGGAUGUGAAGAUGAAGUUCCGGGUUGUGUUUGAAGGCUUGAAGGGCACAGGGGCAUCCACCGGAGGGCUCUCAUUGGAUGACAUCAACCUAUCAGAGACGACCUGCCCGCAGCACAUCUGGCGCAUCCGUGACUUCACCAGUCUCCUAGCAACCACACCGACAGGUGUGAAAAUCUACAGCCCACGCUUCCUGUCCCCCAGUGGGUACUCCUUCCUGGUGAGCGUGUACAUCAACGGCCGCAGCAGCCCAGGUAGCAUGGCCAUCUACUUCCACCUAACCUCCGGCCCUAAAGACGACUCCCUCACCUGGCCCUGUCCAUCCCUGAUGGACCAGAACCCGGACAUCAGACAGAGAAUGUCCAACCACCGCAUGAUCGCCACCGACCCCAACAAGCUGUCCUCAGAUGGCAAUGAGUUCUACUGGGACAACCCCCGUAAGGUGGGCAGUCUGGUGAACGGUUCUGACGGCAGCCAAUUCUACCGCGGGCCCGGUACCGGAACCAGCAGCUAUCUCACCCACGGCAGGAUGAAGAGCAGGAACUUCAUCAAAGGAGACGACGCCAUCUUCUUCCUCGGUCUGGAGGACGUGUCUGCACUGCUGGAGACCCAGCCCCUCCCUCGUUCUGCUGUUCAUCAGUCCGAGAAGAGUGCCGUAGCAACACCCAGCCAGGAGACCACCAACACCUCCACAGUGGUGAUGGCCGUGUCCAUGAGCUUGGCGGCAGUCAUGUUCGUGGUUGCCAUGGCGAGCGUGGUAUACGCCAGGAGAUCGGAGAGUGACGUGAUCGUUGUGGAGAACAUUGACAUCUAGUACUGCGAGUGACAACCAACCUAAAAUGCCUUCUUUACAUUUUCCAUUGGCAGAUUGUUGAAAGUGCUAGUGAAGAAACUUCACUGAACCUAGAAUCAAGCCUGACAAACACUUGACUGUGACAAUUGCCACCUCCUUUAACACAGAAAGUAAUCAUGUGAAUCAAUAGAUGGAAAUGUUAGCUAUAAUGAUCAAUAAAAGCUGACAAAACCACAA